UUAUAAACAGCGAAUGGGUGAAAAGUAUAGUAUCUGUUUAGCUAUAUACGUAUAUAGCGACCAGUGAGUGGCCAUAUCCCAUAAUAACCAGAUCUUAAUGUUUUGUUUUAAUUUAAUUGUGUAGCAAGUUUUCGAGCAUUCGGCACUUCACCGUGUUUGCAAGUGGACCUAACGUUCACCGGGCUAAUAGCUAAUGUUAACUACAGCCACGUGUGCUAGAGCCAUUGCAUCCAUUGCAUUGUGCAUUGUAAUGCUGUUACAGUUAUCAACUGUAUCUUUCAGAAUCGACGCUCGUGUUCUUAAGAAAGGGAGAAAAACGCGUGUGUUCAGUCUCCACUCUGACCGGUUAUUUAGUUGCGGGAUUUAAACUUUUAGUAGAUGAAAAAAAUCGUGCGCAAAAAAAAAGAAAAAUCAGAUUUAUGAAACUUAUCUCGCACACUUUUGAUCCUUUAUGAAACAUCUUUCGCCGGAAAUUCACUGGAGUGCACGGGCGACAUACUUGAGCUGGUUCACCCCCAUCUCUGGUCAAUGAAACGCCUAUGGUGAAUGCGAUUCGCACGUUAGUCUAAAUUUGGCAAUACUGUAUCUGUUUUGUUGUUGUUGUUGCGAAAAUGGGCCCGUCAAAUCAGAGAUGUAAAAAGAAGAAUUUUGCUGAGUGUGAAAUCCAGGUUCUCAUAAAGGAGGUGGAGAAGAGACGUAGAGUGUUGUUUAACGGCGUUAGCGUUGGCGUCAGCGCUGAGAGGAAGCGCAUGGAGUGGCAUCGAGUUUGUGUCGCGGUCAACGCCGUCAGCGCCGUGCACCGCUCGACGAGGGAAGUCAAGAGGAAAUGGUUCGACAUGAAGGUGCUGGCCAAAAAGCGCAUUUCGGCGCACAAGGAAAGCGUCGGCGCGGCUGGGUGGAGCAUGAGGAGCCCGCCUCUUUCCCCCCAGGACGUGAGGCUGGCUUUCAUCAUGGAGGACACCCAGCUCAGCGGGGAGCUGCCUCCGCCUGAGUACCCUGACAUCGCUGACCCCGCGAGUGUCAAAGCCGAGCUGGAGGAUGAGAAACUGGGGGUGCUGAUUCGGGAGUACCGGGGGGAGGAGGUGCCGGAGGUCCGUGGGGGGGUCCCGGAGGGGGGCCACAGUGCCGCAGGACCCAGCAGCGUCUCCGGGGAGACAAGUGGGCGUGUCCCCACUGACUCCGCCCUACAGACACAGAGAGACCUCGUCCGAUCCAUUGAAAGCGUGACCACUGAACUGAAACACAUCGGAAGUGUCUUAUGCGACAUAAGUUCCACAUUAAAAGAGCUAGUUAAAACGUACACUUGUUGUUGUAACGGCACGUAUGGGCCUGUCAUAGUAACCUGUCCAAAAACGGCGGGCCUGAUGGAGCUAAAGGAGGGCUGCCAGAUCCUGACCUGUCUGCCAGCUCUCUUUGAAAAGAGCUGGGGCUCGUUUCACAAAAUGUGUGACCUGCGAGCUGAGAUCUGCGAGAUGCCAUAG